UCUCUUUUUCUAACAUCUAUCUAUUUUCUUUCCUUACAAAUGGAGAAAGUUAAUGAAUCUAUGAUAAGUUGUAGUAGUAGUAGUAGUUCUCUUUGGUCUUAUAUUAUAUCAUGGUGUACGCCAAUUGUUCUUUUUGGUGUUGCAAAUCUUAUAAUAGCCACUCUUUUCUUGGCUUCAAAAACAAACACCAAUAAAACCGCAACCAAACAACAAUAUGAUGAAAAUGACCAUGACUAUGGUUAUAUUCAUGGCGCUUCAUUUACACCAAUUGUCGCUCGAGUAUCAUCGAUAUUCGAGCGAGCCAAGUCUAUUGAUUUAUCUUCCAUUAUUCCCAAAAUCACCACCACAACCACCACCAACAACAACGACGAGUCAUCAGAACCCGCAACAUACACUUCACUGAGUCGACUAUCUCAGUCAAUAUUUUCCAUUUGUGAGUACGACUCACAACCCGACUCACCACGUUACCCAUCCAAUAAACCCAAACCAAACCCACCGACUUCUUCGAUACUGGGACGUUUAAAAUCCAUAGAUUUCUCGUCCAUUUAUGGUGUCGUCGACAACACCAAAAAGUCGUCAGAAGAUCAUAAAUCGGAUGACUCGCUGAGUCAACUCGUCCGAGUUCCAACAUUCUUCGACCGAAUCAAGUCGUUUAGAAUAGUGGCUCCGUUAAUGAAAACACGAAGCGAGGUAAAAAAAUUGUGCGAUCCUAAUGACACAGGCGAAGAAGAAGUUCGGUUGUUGCAACGGCCAGAGACGGCAAGGGCUAAGCGUAAUGCGGCUGAUGAUGCAAAAGCAGAAAAUUUCAUUACUAAAUUUAGGGAACAGCUCAAGUUGCAACGUCGUGAUUCCUUUGCAAGAUAUAAUGACAUGUUGAGAAACUAAAAGAAGAAAUAUAUAAAUAUAAAGAAGCACUUCUAAUAUUUAAACUCAUAACAAAACGUCAUAUGAAGCGGAGCUUCUUAUUUAAACAGUUUUCUUAUGUAUUAUAUCUUUCUCUUUAUUAAAUGAGAGAUUGAGUAUCGUUCUUGUCACGAACAACACUUAAUAGUUUUUAUGCUAUUGGCCGGGAUAACGGACUUAACGGUUGAUGACGGAGGAAAAAGGUAGUGGAAGACUAAUUUGUUGUCCUGCCAUUUUCACUUGUUUUCGAGAUAUUUUAGUUGGUUAGUAGGAAAAAUCAUGAUAGUUAUAUUUUUCUUUAUUUGUUAUUGGUUAUCUCAUAUUAUUAUGUAGUAGCAGCAGCUAAUAUUUGUAGGUUUAAUUUUUAUGGUUGUAUUACUUGUAUUUACUUUCUAUUAAUCUAGCUACUUAUUUGUAGUCUAUUCAAUUUUUAUAAAAUUUGUUAGAUUUAUUUUUGUUUA